AUGCCUCCAAAUCGAAUCGACCUUUUCCAGGGAUGGCCCUCCCCCGAGACCCUCCCCAUCGGCCACCUGAAGCAGGCCGCAACGGACGCGCUCUCUAACAAGGCCAUCUCAGCAGACGGGCUUGGUUAUGGGCCUGACGAAGGCCAUAUGCCACUCCGCCAGAACAUUGCGCGCUGGCUGUCCGGCUUCUAUGCUCCGUCGCAGCCGAUCCCAGCCGACCGUAUCUGCAUCACUGGCGGUGCGAGCCAGAACCUUGCGUGUAUAUUGCAGGUGUUCACGGAUCCUGUCUUCACACAGGCAGUUUGGCUCGUCGAACCUGCGUAUCAUCUUGUCUUCCGGGUUUUCGAGGAUGCCGGGUUCCAUGGGCGGCUGCGAGGUAUUCCGGAGGAUGAGGCGGGUAUGGACGUUGGAAUCCUAGAAGAGGCGUUGGAGGCUGUCGAUAAAAGCGAUGGUGGGAACCGUCAAACCGGUCAUCCAACCAAGCUUCCCAGACCAUACCGCAAGAUAUACAAGCAUGUCAUCUACUGUGUUCCGACCUUUUCGAACCCCUCGGGCAUUACCAUGUCUCGUGAGCGGCGCGAGGCUCUGGUUCGACUAGCUCGGAAACACGACGCGCUUAUUGUCAGUGACGACGUGUACGACUUUCUGCACUGGAACUCGAGUUCCAAUCAUCCACCAGAGAAUCGCCUGCCACGUCUCGUGGACAUUGAUCGUGUUCUCGACACUGACCCACAAGACCGGUUCGGGCACGUCGUCAGCAACGGAUCGUUUAGUAAACUGAUCGGACCGGGGUGUCGAGUCGGGUGGGCCGAAGGGACUGAGGGCCUAGUCUACGGGCUUUCCCAGGCUGGCUCAACCCGCUCGGGCGGCGCCCCGUCACAGUUGAUGUCCACCAUCGUCAACGAGCUCUUUCACGCUGACUUUCUGCCUCGCUAUAUCACCGAUACCCUCAUUCCAGAGGGUCGUCGAAGAUAUACCGCCAUAGCGAGUGCAUUACAGAGCCGCCUUGGGCCACUGGGUGUAACAUUUACCCCGGAUCCGGGACAUGGGCAUCACGCAUGGACGGGCGGGUAUUAUAUCUGGCUGAGACUUCCUGCAUCACUGGGCGCUUCCCAAGUGAGUCGGGAGGCCCUUAGACGACAGAAUCUUGUUCUAGGGAACGGGGAGCUGUUUGCUGUUCCUGGAGGCAGUUGGCCUGUCAAUAAUAACCUGCAUCAAAGACUGCGGUUAUGCUUUAUGUGGGAGAAUGAAAGGCAGUUGCUGCAAGGCGUGGAGCGACUAGAGAUUGUGCUGCGUGAAUUACUCAAGGAGCUGUAA